AGAGGCACAACAUGAGUGACAUAAUCGAAUGACUACAAGUGCAAGUGUUGAUCUGCAGCUCUGCGCGUCCCCACAUACUCGUAUAUUCUUAGUUCUUCUGCAAUCAAGGAAUAACUACUUGUAUAUUACGCGAUGAAUACAAUCACAGGACUACAAUUCUCUACCAGUAAAAAAGUACAUGGAUAAAUGCAUCAGCGCCUUUGACAAAGGGUGUGAAUGAAGGCGUGCUGCGCGUCUCUUUCCAGAUCUAGCGCGAAGGUACUGAUAAUUUCACUUCGCAAAAAAAUACAGGAAUCCUAAUGACUGUUUGGAGCAAUUUCUGAUUUGUCUUUUGUUUGAAAUGUUGAUGUUGGAACGAAAAAGUGGUGUGAGGACACACUCAAUUAGUACUUUAGGCCCAGAAGAUGAAUCACAAAUUCGUUGUUCCUGAUACCUGAUACACCCGUACAGGUAGGAGCAGAGUGGCAGCCGCGUUCUGGCUCCAAGCACCAGAAAGACAAAGCGCCGACACAACCAGAAGCGGACCUUCCUGAGAAUUAUUUCACUUUCCGUGAACAACGCGAUCUAGAAGUCGACAACGAGCAGGAUCACAACGUAGAAAUAAGUGACAGCGACAGCAGUGAGCAUCGACUUCGUGAUAUGGUGGAGAAAGCCUCGACAAACUCCGGCACAUUGCCGGGUUCUCCAAGUGGUCUAGGAGCGGGCGGCGUUGUCAUAGGAGCAGGCGGAGCAGCUUCUUCAACAGGAGCUGGGAAGGAAGCUGCUCCUGGCGCAGCAGCUUCUGGCGCAGCAGUUUCUUCAACAGCAGCUGGGAAGGAAGCUGCUCCUACAUCAGAAGCAGUAGUACAACCCCCGCUAAGCAAUGGGAUCACGACUGCUGCUGAGAAGAUCACUGGUGGUAAUUAUACGUCGGCAACAGAACAAGCAGUAGUACAACAGCCACUAAGUAAUGGUACAACUACAAACACAACGACAACUGCUAUAAGAGCAGAAGGAAGCGGCACUGCACAGUCACGUCAAGUCUCACGCGGUAGUUCCUUCGGCAUACCUUCAGUCGGAGCAUCAUCAACCUCGGUUACUGCAGGAAGAAGUAGCGUAGCAGCAGCGGAAGCAGCAGAUUUGGUCGAUAGAACGACGCAGAACGACGGACACGCAAUACCAAAAGACGAUACUUCGAAAAGGCGUGACAGUGAUGAUGGUGUUCCACGGACAACAUCGUGCUGUAUGGCAUGAAUUAAUGAGUGAUUGUUCCACUUUUCGAAUAGAUGACCGAGUAGCUUUUUUGUAGUGCAUAUAGUACGAGUCUGCGUUUUACUGAUCGUCAUUUCGGAUUACUUCUCCUGAGAGGGCGUAAUGAUUUACACUUUAUACUGGCUACCCCUUUCUUCCUUCAUACUCGCCUCCUCUAGACCCAGCAAAGGGGACUUUCGGCAUCGCGAUUCCUACGGCUUCGACUCGAUAGCCGAUGACGCUGACUAUGAAAAGAAAUUCGAACCUAAGAAGGAGCGACGAAGAGCACGCUUACCGAGACAGUUACCGCCUCGCUUUUCCGACGAAAUACGAGCCAUCUGUCGCAAGGGCGUACCAGACGAAAGACGAGGGGAAGUUUGGGCGUACUGUUUAGGCUCAAGUCUUAAGCGCGCAGCAAAUCCGAAUCUAUACAAGGAACUGUGUGCGAGAGCGAAACAACGGAGUAAGGAUCCUGGUGCUGGAGCGGCCAAUCGAAGGAACGAUGAUGCUGUUGGAGGAACAAAAGAGCCUGGAGACAAAAACGGAGCAGAAGAAUCAUCAGAUCAUGAUGUUGGCUUGCCACCAAGUGUUGCGAACGCGAUAGAGCUAGAUCUGGAUCGAACCUAUUGCGGACACGAGAAGCUAAACAAAGAAGAUUUGCGGUCAGUGCUGCAAGCCUUCGCGCUGAAACAACCGAAGAUUGGAUACUGUCAAGGUACUUCGUUGCAGACGAGUGGCUUUUUAAUUCUUGUGUUUGUGAUUUGUACGUGUGUCUGAGGACAAGGAAGGCUAUAGUACUUGGAACCAGAAGAUGAAAAUCAAAGUGGCGCCUGAUUCUGUUGUUCCCUUCUCAAAAAAGAAAAAGGUUCGGCUACUUUCUGUUUUUGUGGAUUCCACCUCUUCUUGAUGCUUAUAUAGGUCUUAACUACAUCGUGGGCCGCUUUUUUCUGUUUCUCGAUCCUCAGGUCUUAACUACAUCGUGGGCCGCUUUCUUCUGUUUCUCGAUCCGGAGGAUUCGUUCUGGGCACUCGAUUGUAUUUGCGAAGGCUACUACCCUUUUGCGUUGCCCAAGGAUCAUGGAAAGUGGGAGUUAGGGCAAGCGGACUACUAUAA